AUGCUUAAUCGAUUUUAUUUACAAAUUUUACCUGAAAUUCACCAUAAAGUCAAGUGGCUUAAUCUUGAAUCAACAUCUAUGGAGCGUAUUCUUCUUGCUACAAAUUAUCCUAAUCUAAAUGGACUUGGUUUGUAUGAUAUUGAUGUAGAAAAGGCUCUAUCUCUUUUUAAUAAUGAUAUUGUCUUUACUCGUAUAAACAGAAGCCAAAUAUCAUCACUUGUUAUCGAUAUUAGUAAAGAUGACGAACAUAUUGCAGUUUUUAAAAAAGACGUGAAUAAUAUUCUAUUUUCAAAAAUCUUCACUAUGUUCAUCAAUUUACAAUAUUUAAGCUUCGGUCCAUGGUCAAAUUUGCGACCACCAUCUUUAUUUGAGAUGCCAUAUCCAAGUGCUACUUCUUCUAAUCUGUUAGAAUUACGUAUUUGUAGAACUUACUUUACCGAUUUGCUUUAUUUACUCGAUGAACGUUUUAAUCAACUUCAUACAGUUCAUGUUGAUAUUAUAUUCUUUCAAUGCGCCGCUUCAACAAUUCAUCGUAGGGAAAAAUUGCCGAAUCUAAGAUACUUUUCGUUACAUUCUAAUAAUGAUCUACAUAAUUAUGAUGAAUUAAUUGUACCACUUCUACAUCGAAUGUUGAAUCUAGAAAAACUUGAUUUACAACUUGUGGUGUAUCGUAAGAAAGGAUUCAUUAAUGGAAAUGAUUUCAAAGACGAUAUUAUCAAUAAUAUGCCAAGAUUAAAUAACUUUACAUUUAAUAUUCGUUUAUUCAAUUAUCUUCCUAAUCAAACUACUAAACUUUCAAAUGAAAAUAUUCAAUGUACAUUCAAAGAUUUUAAGAGCAAUGAAAUUAUUUCUUGUGUCGAUUAUUUCCAAGAAAAGCAAUAUAGUUAUUGUCAUAUCUAUUCCUAUCCGUAUAAAAUGAAUUAUUAUGUUAAUAUUUCAAAUAAUUUCCCAGGUGGAUUAUUUAAAAAUGUUCAUAGAGUAUCAUUAUUUGAUGAGCGUCCGUUUGAACAUGAAUUUUUUAUUCAAAUUCAGAAAUCAUUUCCAUUUAUGAAGGAAUUAACUGUAGUUAAUGAAAAACCGCAGAAGAAUAAAUUAUAUAGAAAAUCAAAGAACGACAAUCAAUAUUUAUCAAUUAUUAAAUAUCCUCAUCUAACUAAACUCUCUCUUCUUCAAGUUCAUGAUGAUUAUGUCGAACAAUUUUUACUUGAUACGGAUGUAUUUAUGCCGAAUAACGCCCAUCUUCUUGUCGAUUAUCAAGCAAUGAAAAGAGUUACAGAAAAUUUCACAAGACAUGCAACACGAGUUAAUUGCGCCAAACUGGCUUCUGUGUCUCUAAUUGAUACGUAUAAAUGUAUUAAACCUGUAAAAGGCUAUUUUCCUCGGGCAGAUAAACAUUGA